CUCUUCCUAUUUCAAGCAGAGAGCUUUGAUUUUUUUCAAGUAAAUUUGGAAAUUAAUUGGUUAAAAUUUUUUAUAAUGUGAUAAAAAGUCUUUGGCAGAAAUUUUUGCAAAUUUUUUUACGGGCAUAACGAUGCCACCGAGCAAACUAGACAGCAUUUACCGGCGUUUGCUGAUUACGCGGUUUUUUGAAAAAGGUUGGGGGACACCAGAAAAUUUACAGCGGUUAUUCGAGUUCCGUAAAAUUAUAUCUCGGCGAGAGUCAUGCUAUAAAUUAAUACCUCAAGAUUAUCCGAUAGAAAUUGUCAAAAAUGAAAAAUAUUCAGAUUGUUCCAUUUUGGAGGGAAAAUUUAUGACGCCUUUUGAACUACAUUUACCUGGUGUAGUACCAAAAGCCGCUCAGGAAGCUCAUUUCCAAGUGAUAUUGCCAAAAAAAUGGAACGAUGAACGAUUCAAACCAAUAUGUAUCCACUUAGCUGGAACUGGAGAUCACUUUUUUUGGCGAAGAAGAAAUUUUAUUGCAAAACCUUUGCUCAAAGAAGCGAACAUUGGAGCUAUAAUAUUAGAAAAUCCAUUUUACGGACUAAGGAAACCAGAUCACCAAGUGCGCUCCAAUUUACAAAAUGUCUCUGAUAUAUUUGUAAUGGGUGGUUGCCUCAUACUCGAAUGUUUAGUUCUCCUACAUUGGUGUGAAAGGAAUGGACUUGGACCAUUAGGCAUAACUGGAUUGUCGAUGGGAGGGCAUAUGGCGUCUUUGGCAGCAUCGAAUUGGCCAAAACCUCUUGUGCUGGUACCAUGUCUUUCAUGGUCUACUGCUGCCCCCGUAUUUACCACAGGUGUAAUGAGUCAAUCUAUUAAUUGGGAUAUGCUUGAAACUCAAUACCAUUCGGAUGGUGAAUACAGUGAACGCUUGUCGAAGAUGGUAACUGUGGUAGAUGAUGCUUUUUCGGCCGGACAAAAAUUUAUAAAAAACUUUAACCAGUCUUUGGAAGCACUAAAAAACGAUAUAAGUGAUACGAGACACGUUCAAGUUUCUGAUAAAAUUGACAAUAAAUACAUAGAAAUCAACAAUCAUAAAAAUAAGUUAGAAUCCAGUAGUUCAAUUUUUUUAAAUUCAAACUUGACAAAAGAUGUUAUCAGCAAUAAAGGUAGCUUUCAAUUCACGAGCAUUGAAAAGUCAAAUAAGGCGCUGACAACUGAAAUCCAAGAACAGAAAAAGCAAUCAGCUUUAACGAAACUGAUGAAGUUUAUUCUACCAAUGGCAACGCAAAGUAAUAAUAAACGGAUAGAUAUAACCAAAACGAAUUGGUGGGAACGCGAGGCGCUGCAAUUUAUGCGUGGCAUGAUGGACGAGUGUACACAUCUCAGAAAUUUCUCGGUUCCAUUCGACACGUCGUUGAUAAUAGCAGUAUGUGCUAAGGACGAUGCUUAUGUGCCACGCGAUGGUUGCUCAAGUCUUGAGGAAAUUUGGCCGGGAGUUGAAGUGCGAUAUCUUGAUGCUGGUCACGUGAGUGCCUAUGUUUUGCACCAGAAACUAUUUAGAUGCUGUAUAAUUGAGGCUUUUGAGAGAGCAAAGAAAGUUUACAUUAUGGACCAAGAAAACAUAGGUGAAGAUCUGAAAACAACGUUAACAUAUAAAGAGCUUGUUAAUAAAUAUACAAAUUCUAUUUAAUAUUUUUAUUACAAUAUAUAUACAAAUUUUUAACUAAUUUACAAAAGCGCAAAUAUAAUGUUAAGUAGUUUUUUAUGCCUGUUAUUUUGAAUUACAUACGUAAAAGAAAUUUUGCCGUGUGAGCGCUUUGGCCGAAGUAUGUAAAAAGUUGUCAAAAGUUUUAUACUUUAAUAUAUACAUAGUUAACUGUUUGUGUUAUUUUGCAUUCAGCGUAUAUUUUGUUGUAAAAA